AAAAUGGCGCACCAUACAGCUGGACAGCCUUUGGAGUGUUACAGCAUUCCUCUCAUCCUUCACAAAGAGGCUGAGAAAGAUGAGAAUGGUGCCAUGGUAUAUGAGCCCGAUGGUAAGGGUGGGAAACAGGUGAAAUAUCGAUGCGGCUUCCGGAUAGGAGGUGGAAUUGACCAAGAUUACACUAAAAGCCCUCAUGGGUAUAAAGAUACCGGCAUUUAUGUGACGUUUGUGUAUGACAGUGGGCCGGCUUCUCAAGCAGGAUUACUCGUUCAUGACAAGAUAUUACAGGUGAAUGGUCACGACUUCACAAUGGUCACGCAUAAAAAGGCUGUCGAUUACAUUAAGAAGAAGCCCACGUUAAACAUGCUAGUGUAUCGUAAAGGCGUACCGCAGAUGCAGAAGUCGCCGACGGGGCAACAGCCAAUGCAGCAGAUGCAACAACCACAACAACAACAAGGACAAUAUCAGUCAUAUCAACAACAACAACAGCAGUAUUCGCCACCAUAUCAGCGGCAGUACUGAGCAAAUGAUUGUGUCUUCACAUGCCAUAUCGACUAUUUAUAUUCAGAUAUUCAGUGAACUGGUUCCAGUUUCAAGUGAGCUUUUUUCCAGUAAACUGGUUUCUUCGAGUUGGCCAGUUUCCAGUGUACAGGAUACAGUUUCAAGAUAACUGGCUGUUUCGAGUCAACUGUCUUCAGCUCAGCUUCCAGUGGAGUUGUUUUCAGUGGCGAGUGAACUGAUAUCGGUAAUCCUGUGAAUAGAUUCCAGUGUCCAAUGAAGUGGUUCAAAUUCGAGAAAGCCAUUUUCAUUCUCCAGUGAGCUAUAUAAUAGAUUGCAUUGAAUUAGGGACUUUAUUGUAAGUUGCCGUAAACCGUAAUAGAAAUGUGGCCGCAUAAAUUUUGACCAGGACCUGGUUAUUCCAAAUAGGUCUUUUUUACCAACAACACAUGUGUUAAAUCAACUUGGCUUUAAAGGGGUACGCUGUUUGUAAUUACUGGUGGUCCAGUUAAAUAGAAAUCCACUUAACACAAAUGCCGUAGUGCAGUUAUCAUGAAUACAAAUUUGUUAAAACUUGGUUUUCAUAGUAUAUGAAUAUCAGUCUACACAACGUUGAAUUUUUUAUUUGUAUGCACAUGUAUUUCCGAAAUGGAACAUUUUUUAAUUCGACUACAAAUUCAAAUAACGAAUGGCGUAGGCCUUUAAGUCAAAAAGUUUCACUGAAGCAGAUAAUUCCAAAUUGGGUUAACGCUGGCGUCAGUGACAACAUUUGUUUUAACUAAACCCUGGAAGGUGCCUGGUGAAAGUGCUCUACAGGAUGGCCCAGAAUUAUUUUCCUUUGGACGAUAGGAUUCUAUUGUGUGUCCAUUGUGUGAAUGAAAAUAAUUCUGGGGCAGCCUGUAGCACUUGAAAGACAUAGUGUGCCACUUUGGGAUACAUUGAUCUGACAAUUUUUCUUUGAAAGCCAACUCAAAUCGUAUUGAAGCCUUAAACAUCAUCUAUUUUAUGGCCAGGUGAUCUAACACUUCAUAUAUUAUAAGUGUUCUCUGUAUUUCAGCGAUACCAGUGCGCAUUGUGCUCCAAGAGUAUUUUCAUAAUAACAUUUAAGCUCCCUAAGUAACUGUCAUGUCCAUCGUAUACAUAUUUAGUAAAAUGAAAGUGAUUUUAUAAAUGGGAAUGUGAUGACCCCAGUCAUCUUUCCUUAGUAGUACUAGUAUACUUGAAGAGCUAAGGUUCAAACGUCUGCUUGUAAUGAUUUUCACCAUUCUCUAAAUUGGCAACAAGCUCUGAAACAUUAUCACACUUCUAUCACAUUUCCAAUGCUAGAGUUUGAAAAAUGUCUUCAUGGUUUGCUAAACAGGGUGGCCCAUCGAAAAACAAAAACAUUCCAAUUCUAGAUUUUGAAAAAUGUCUUUAUGGUUUGCUAUACAGGGUAGCCCAUCAAAAACAGACAUGCCUCUUUCUCGGGCAUUCUUUGAAAGGAUACUGUACUGCACCCCUUUAUUUUUGCAAAUGAGAGGGGUUUAAUUGCAAACUUAAGGGGAGCAAAAAUGUUAUUCUGAAUGGCUUUAUCCCUGGAAUAUGCAUGCAUUUGCAGCAAUAAAGGGGAACGAAAUCUGAAAAGGAUGUUUUCACAUAGGGCUGCGAAAAUAAAUUGUUUUACAGUAUCUGGCAGUUUGGUUUUUCUGGGCCAGCCUGUAUAACAUGGGACACAGGGCGGUGUAGAGCAUAGUGGUUGGAGUGCUGGACUUCUGACUGAAAGGUCAUCAGUUGAAAUCCCUUCCAAAUCUAAGUCACUCUGUUCGUAUGUGCUUAAUAAGCGGCUGCUUCUUAACAUCCUCUGCAUUUUGGGAUGUUGGAAGCGCUUCGAGCAGGGUUGGCUUGGAAAACUGCUAUGGAAUUGCUGAACUUAAAUUAACUUUUAACAUGAAUGCCUCAAAUAGAUGUCGAGUCUUUGUGGCAGUUUGUGAGCCUUUAAAAACGGAGAUUAACAAAAAUGUUAGGUUCUGCAAGAUGUAGAUGCAGCAUUUUGCAUCUUAACUCUUCACUUGUACAGUGUGCAUCAAAUCGUUGAACAAGUGUAUUUUAUUUGACAGAUCUGUAUAUAUUGUAUUUGCCAUGAAAUUGUCCUCAAUACAUUUGUAACAUAUCAGACGUUUUUAACAUAUCAGUCUAAACAUGCUCUGUUUGGUACCAUGUUGUCAGAAAUGCUUAUUGUAAAAUAUGUAGUUUAUACUAGUUGAAAAAUUGCUUUUUUGACAUAAAUACAGGCUUUCAUGUAAAUGGGGAGCAAUCACUCGAUAAAUAUCCAUCUCUCCUGUAUAUUUGUUCGAUGGAGAGUUUUAUUGAUCACUCUUGCACCAAAGUUUUAAUGUACGCUGUACCAAAGUGAGUGAUCUGCUCUCGAACAACUACCUCCAUUGGAGUGGUUAGCUCCGACUUAUACAAUGUCAAAAGGCCUAGGCUGUGCGUUAAAAAUUUCAUAUUUGUAAUCGAAUUGGGAAACUUCCUUAAAGGGACAAUAUAGGCAGCAGCAGGGCAGGCAAGAUAAAGUUAUACAAAGUCACCAAUAGGGGUCUCUCACAUCACACAGUAUGUUGAAAUGAUUCAUGCUUGUACGAGGAUCAUAUUUAGUGCUGAAUCUGACAUUACCCAGUGCCCGUACUGCCCUUACUUAAUUUGGCCACCAGAAGAUGGCCAAAUUAGCCUCUCUGCUCCUGCCUAUAGUCCCCCUUUAAGCGUACUUACGUACUAGAUGUUAAUGUUGGCAUUGCCGUUGUGUAGACUGAUAUACAAAUAAUAUAACGACAAGGUUUCAGAAAAGUCGUAUGCAUAAUCACUGCGCUUCGGCAUUGGCUAUUGAAUGAAAUCUAGUAAAUGCAUUUACUUCAAUUUUGUACAGAGAGGCCCAGUGUAAAUGUACACAGAGUUUUAGAUAAAAGCAUUUGCUAGUCUUUAUUCAUAUCAACCAUUGUGUAAAACUGCCUUUCUUUUUCCUGGACCACCAGAAAUAACAAACAACACACCCCUUUAAAGAGAAAAGCCUGUAAGUCGGACAUUUUUGUAGAAAUGCUAUUUCAGCUUCAGGCCUGAUAGGAAGUUUUCUAUGCCGACAGUCAUUCCAAGGUCAAGUCGUUUAUACAAAGGAACACUACUUUUAUUCUAUAUUUGGUGCUUUUUAGCCCAGCAAUAUGGACAAUGUGCUUAGAUUUGGGUUCUCCUUAUCACUCAGUUCUAACUUGCUCAUGGGCACAUUCCCCAUUUUUUUAUCCAGUGCACAUUUUAUAAGUUUUAAAUUGGGGGGGG